AUGUCUGAGUUUGAUGUGGAGCUGUUGAUUACUGCAGUUUGCAACCGACCUGCUCUUUGGGAUAAAAGACUUGACAUCUACAAGGACCGGAAUGAAGUCGCCAAAACUCAACUUCUCAGAGAUUCGUCAAGUGCUACCGAAAGAAGAGAUGGAGAGUCUCUUCCGUAUGAAGGUGUGUUUACCGCUGCACUUUUUGUUGCUAUCUUGUCUGAUCCACCACAGGCAACAGGAAUUUCAGGCAAAAAAGCAACGAUAUCGAAUGUGCGCGCUAGCCAGCCAGGACUGGAGCGUAACGAGGAGACGGUCGACUGCUUCGGAGAUCGAUUCCAGCUUUGCUUUGAAUUUGCCAACCAGUUCGUCUACUGGGAUGUGGUUUUAGACUCUUCAUCAGCCGACAAUCCACCGGAUUUCGAUCUGAAUAACGACGCUUUCACUAAUAACUACAUUACAGUUGACUUGCUGGAGGAGGCCGUACCAAGUCUCAACAAUUGGCAACCCAACAAUCCCGAUGCGCUUAAGAAUGUUGUAUGUGAACUUUUGCAGCUGUUCAAGAAAUAUCAGGUGGAUCAAUUGAAAGAGUUGCAGAAUUACAUUAAUUAUGAGAACGCAAUGGAGAGUGGUUUGGUUAGUGAUUCCGAAGUUUUGAUCGAUUCAACUGGUUUCACUACGUUUCUUUUUCGCCUUCCUAUGGAUAUGAGUGAUUUCGAUGUUGGAGACACGGAAGAUGAUUAUGCGAUCCACGUAUCUCUUGAGUUCAGUCGACCAACUGCCAAAAUGACAAAACCUAAAAUAAAGUUGACACCAGCUCUCCUAGAUGUGAUGCACAUCAAACAAUUCAGUCAAAAGCAAGAAAGCACCUGCUCGGAUAGUGUAGACCUCGCCGAUUUCCUGAGAAGAGUGUUAUACAAAGCGAACACUUCGAUUCUACACCACAAAGUAAAACCGGUCACCAAACGCAAGCGAUUCAUUUUCGAAUUCCUGAAUGUUCGGGGAACAAGUGUUCUCGAGUUUGAUGCUCUUCAGUUUCUACGUGCCUCCUUUUUGCUCAAUGAUGACAAAAAUUUCCUCUGUAUUUUGACAAUAACUCUGACCGAAAGGUUCCCAGUGACUGCGCCUGUUUAUACAUUACGAUCAAUUUAUACCGCGCAAGAAGUAGUAAUUCUGGAAAAUGUGCCUUUCCAUGUUUCAUGGGAUAUUCGAGUUGCAAUUAAGAGAGCUUUGCUGUACAUUGAGAACAAGUUGGAUGAUAUGAAAAACAAGCCAGUCCAUAUUUGAUUGUCUCCUCUCAUUCAAACAGCUAUAAAUUAUUAUCAUGAUACUCGACCCACUUCAUUCAAUUUCGUUCAGUUAUUUUUUGGUCCAAUAUAUGGUCUUAAUUUGUCGGUCCUAUUUUCAAGGUUGGAGCCCAACUUUUACACCCGGUUGCACAAGUCUCUUAACUUUUAAUCCCGAUUAAAUGCCACGAGAACCAAUCAGAGAAGCCUUCUUUUCUUCUCAGAUUGGUUCUCUUGGAAUUUAAUCAUGAUUAAAAUAUAACAGGCUUUUGUACAACCGGGCCUUAACUCUACUUUCCCAUAUGAAUUUCUGCUCAGCUGGGCAGAAAAAUAAUAAAAUCAGUUCUGUUCUUAUAGGAGUGUUCAAGCAUUGCAAUAAUUAAUGUAUGGUGAACACUACUUGAGAGCGAGUGAUAUUAUGUUUUUGUCCAGCAGAGUAUAAAAUCAUGGUCUCAAGGUCUGUUUUUGUCACGGUAACUUAGGCAGAAGUAAACGGUAGAUGAAAUGUAUAUUAUUCAGUUGUUAAAUGAUUUCACCUCUACCAAAAAGCUGAUGUGUCAUACUCAUAUUAGCAAAUCUAUUGACUUUUUAAUUGAAUGUUUUAAAUCGAACUCUUCGCACAUAACAUUACAUCAACAGUAAUGUGGAAUGACAUUAGAAACACCUAACAUUAAAUAGAAAGAAAUAAUAAUAAUUUAUUGUCAUUAAACUUUCAAAAAAAGCAAUAGACAACGUCAUAAUCGUUAUUUGCAUAUACAUACAACAUAUACAUAUAAAAUGUAAACAAUAAAUAACAGAACUUUACAAUAAUAAAAUACGCAAUACAUUCAACUUAGAAAUGAAUUGAACCAUCAUUCAAAGCUAGGAACUCAGUAAUAACAUAAAAGGGAUGUCCAACCAGCCACUCCUGAAGCUUACGUCUAAGAACGCUGAUGGGAUAAUCUUUCACCUGUCUUGAUAGCUUAUUGUAGCUUUUGAUCCCAAUUACUUCGUAGCUCUUUGUUGAUUUCGUCAGUCGGUUAAAAGGUACAUUUAUCAUUUCACGAUGCCGAGUGAAAUGCUCAUGUAUGUCCUGCCUACGUUCAAGAUGGGAUAUAUUGUCAAUUGUAUACAGUAUAACCUUAAACAUAUAUACAUUUAUUACUGUCAUUAUUUUCAUGUCCAUGAACAGCGGUCUACAAUGGGCAAGGAAUUGUGCACUAGAAAUUAUUCUAACAGCUUUCUUCUGGAGUACAAGCACACUCCGUAUAUCACUACAGUUUCCCCAUAAAAUAAUUCCAUAUGAUAGCAGACUAUGGAAAAACGCAAAGUAAGCUGAUCUCAAAUACAUGUAGGUCACAUGCUCUCUUAAGUUGUGUAAAAGAUAUAUAACUCUAGAGAGUUUACCAGUCAAAUAUUCAAUAUGUGGCCGCCAAGUCAGCUUCUUAUCC